ACCUACGUCUGGAUGCGUUGACGUGUUUAUUCUAAAAAUAACCGGGAGUUAUUGAAACCACGUGACUUGUGUGGUUGUUGGUGAACCGUUAUGUAUUUGCCAUAAAAUUGGGUUUGGUUCAUUUGGAUAACAUGCAAUGAGAUUAGUAGAAUAAGAUAACAUUUUUACAAGGAACUAGAGAAAAUAUAUCAAUGAACUCAAGAAUGAAUCGCUUGCUAAAUCUUAUACUUUGUUUGGUAUCACUUCCUGCUAUAAAUGCCUACAGUUCAGGAGCAGGUCCUGGAGCUUGUUCAGAACUGAAGCCUGCUCAUGAUAAUUUGGAUACACAGACAUCUAUUUCACCAUUUGCUGUAAUACCAUCUAAAACAAACUACACAGCAUCAGAUAAAAUAACAGUUACUCUUCAAGCAAGAUGUGGUUAUAAAUUUAAGGGAUUUUUAAUACAAGCCAGACGAGCAGAUAAUUCGACUGUUAGAACUGAAGUCGUAGGAACAUUUGAUACUCAAACUAAUACCAAACAACUCUGUACCGGUACUAAUAGUGACGCAUUAACCCACGCCAAUGCUGCAGAAAAAACUUCAUUAGAUUUAACAUGGAAUGCACCUUCUACACCUGGAACUGGACAUAUUGUUUUCAAGGUCACCUUUGUAGAAGUUAAAUCUAAAUUCUGGCAAGCAGUAACAUCUAAAGUUGUUGAGGAAACUGGCCAGCCGGCAUUGGAUUUAGCCACUGAUUCUACUGAGAGUCCCGUCCUAGACAAUAGUAACUGUCCAGUUGUACCAACAGGUAAUAAAUUUGUUCAAAACUCGGAAUGUGGAAUUACACGAGGAUGUUAUUCAGACUGCGGUGCUGAUGGCUGUUCUUUUGAAGUAUCCUGGAAUUUUAAUGGAAACAAUCCUAAUGCUAAUUUCACAUUGAAGGCUUUAACAACUGCAACAACAUCACAGUAUAUUGCUAUUGGAUUCUCUGCUGAUAGCAAAAUGGGUACUGACAGUGUUACUGAGUGUGUUUAUGCUGCUGCUGACAGUUCUGUUGAUGUAUUUAACUCGUUUAAUAUAGGAAGAUCUAAUUCAAGGAACACCAAUCCAAAAGCAGCAAUUACCUCUAUAAGUGGUAAAUUGGAAAAUAACGUUUUGGAAUGCAGUUUUACAAGACAAAAAGAUGGUGAAAAUGAUGCUAAUGUUUUUGCUUUGUCAACACCCUAUUAUAUGUUUUUUGCUUCUGGUGUGGCAACUCCUGCUAAAGCUAUCGCCCAACAUACGACUACACCAUUAGUGUCUUCUGCAGUUAUUGAUCUGUCUAAAAACGAGAUACAUUCAGCAACGCCCACAACCCGAUCAUUACUACAAGCUCAUGGUUCCUUGAUGACAAUUGCAUGGGUAGCGGCAGCAAGUAUUGGACUCAUCAUAGCUCGUUAUUUCAAACAAGUUUGGCCUAAUUCCUCAUUCCUUGGACAAAAGAUUUGGUUUCAGAUUCAUCGUACCUGUAUGAUCGUAGCUCUUGUCGCAACAUGUAUAGCUUUUAUUAUUAUAUUUGCCGAUGUCCAGGAUUGGACCACUUCCCCAGUUACUGUUCAAAAUGCACAUCCUUAUCUGGGUGUAAUUGUUACAUUUCUAUGUAUUGUGAACCCAAUAAUGGCCAUAUUCCGUCCUCACCCGGGAACUGACAACCGUGUAUAUUUCAACUGGGCUCAUUGGGCUGUUGGAACAUCAGCAUAUGUUCUUGGAUUAAUUACAGUGACAAUAGGAACGAGAAUGUCCAGAGCACAAAUAGCAGACAGUGCUGUAUGGGUUAUGGUUGGAUUUAUUGUCUGGCAAAUGUUGGUGAUUCUUUGUUUUGAAUUGAUUCAACUAUUAGCAAGCAAAGAAAAUGGUUCUAAAGUGUUUUUGCAUGGAAAUGUUACAAGUUAUGAAUUACAACAGAAAGGAGCCCCACAGCAAGCACCUCAAGAACAACCUAAAGCUGAGUCUGGUACUUUGAAGAUUGCUUUGUUUUUACUACAUGUUGUUGUGGUUGUUGCCUUUACUAUUGCUGUAAUAGUUUUCAUUGCUAUGUAACUUACUGGAUCUCACAAGAAAGAAGGGGCCUUUAACAAAAUUGUGCACAAACACUAUUAUUACACAUCUUUAUUUAUUUAAGAUUUCAAACAACGCAAUCUUACAAUUAUCAUUUGAAAGAUUAUAAUUAAUAGUACAAGAGUGAAUUUUCAUCAUUCAGCCAUUAUGAAAAUAUUAAAAUGGUUUUAAAUGUUCUUAUUCAUUUCUUAGAAUAAAUUAUUUUGACAAACUUUCAUGUAUAAAAUAAUUUGAGUUCAUUCAAGAGAUAUCAGUUUUAACAUAUUACAUGUAUAUUAGAGAAAACACCUGACGUAAUAACUCAUAUAUAUAUGUAUACAGUUUAUUAGAAUAUCAAAAUUUAUUAGAAUAUCAUUUUUAUUUACAAAUAUAUAUUCAUUUAUCUCUUAGUGAUUUGAUUAUGAUUUGAUCUUAUUUCUACUUUUAUAAAAAUCGAAGAAAGCAGGGGACUAUUAAAAUGGGUUCAUCUGUCUGUCUGUCUGUCUGUCUUUCCGUCUGGCCGUCACACUUUUUGGGACACAAUAACUCUCUGUCUAAUUGAGCUAGAAUGUUCAAACUUGGUGUAGGUGUUUAUUAGGUCAAUUCCGUGAUAUGAGCAUUUGUUUCUGCUUAGGUUAAGCAGAGAUAAGCAAUUUGAUUGGUUGAUGCUUUGGGACACAAUAACUUUAGUUCUAAUUAAGUGAGAGUGAGGACACUUGGUGUAUAGUUUCAUUACAUCAGUACCUUGACUAAGUUCGAUAAUGAGCAUUUUCUGCUCAGAGUAAGCAGAGAGAUAAGCAAUUUGAUUGGUUGAAGCUUUGGGACACGAUAACUUUAGUUCUGAUUAAGUAAGAGUGAGAACACUUGGUGUAUAGCUUUAUUACAUCAAUACCUUGACUAAGUUCGAUAAUGAACAUUUUCUGCUGAGGGUAAGCAGAACGAUAAGCAAUUUGAUUGGUCAAGACUUUGGAACAUAAUAACUCUCCUUCUAAUUGAGUUAGAAUGUUCACACUUGGCGUAGGUGUCUAAUAGGUCAAUGCCUUGAUGGAGUUCGAAGAUGAGAAUUUUCUGCUUAGGGUAAAUAGAGAUAAGCAAUUUGAUUGGUUGAAGCUUUGGGACACGAUAACUUUAGUUCUGAUUAAGUAAGAGUGAGAACACUUGGUGUAUAGCUUUAUUACAUCAAUACCUUGACUAAGUUCGAUAAUGAACAUUUUCUGCUGAGGGUAAGCAGAACGAUAAGCAAUUUGAUUGGUCAAGACUUUGGAACAUAAUAACUCUCCUUCUAAUUGAGGUAGAAUGUUCAAACUUGGUGUAGGCGUUCAUUAGGUGAAUGCCUUGAUGGAGUUCGAUGAUGAACGUUGUCUGAAUAGGUUAAGCAGAGAUAAGCAAUCCGAUUGGUUGAUGCUUUGGGGCACGAUAACUUUGGUUAUAAUGAAGUGAGAGCAAUGAAACUCUGAAUAUAGAUUCAUUAUAUCAUUACCAUGACUAAGUUCGAUGGUGAGAAUUUUCUGCUUAGGCUAAGGAGUGAUAAGCAAUUUGAUUGGUCAAGACUUUGGAACAUAACAACUCUGCUUUUAAUUCAGGUAGAAUGUUUAAACUUGAUGUAGAUGUUCAUUAUGUGAAUGUCUUGACUGAGUUCAGUGAUUAACAUUUCGAGCUGAAGCUAAGCCGAGCUAAUCAAUUUCAUUGGUCGAUGCUUUGGGACAAGAUAAUCUUGAUUCUAUCUGAUAGAGAGUGAUGAAACUUAGUGUAUAGUUUGAUUGCUCUAUACUUUUGAAAAAAAUAAAUGUGCGAUUAAUUAAUAUGUGUCAUCUAUUUAUUUUGGGAUUUCGGCGGAGGACAUCAGCCUCACUGUUGGCUUGUUUUAUUUGUAAAUUUGCUUACUGUCUUAUUAUUUAUAUCAGAUAAUUAAAUAUAUAUAAGGAUGAGUAUGAUGUAUCAAAUACAUUGUAAUUACUGUACCCUACUCACUCAGAAUGGUUAUAUUUAUAUUUAUUUAGUUAAUUUCUUGUUAUAAACAAAUAAAACCAGUAAAAAUAUUUCCACAAAUUUUUACAUUAAUUCGUCUAGAAUAAUUCGCUUGCAAAUUAGACUAGCAGCCCUCUUCAGCAUAAAUAAUGUUUUGCUUUUUAUGUUCCAAACUUUCAGUCAGCCUAAUUCCUAAGAAAGCAUGAAUGUAGGUGUGAGAAAUUAGUGACUGGAUGACAAUAUGAUGGCAGAUGACACCAACCAUCCCUGUCAUAUGUCACUCAAUAGGGCUAUUUCCUUUGGCCCCCAUUAAAAAUGCAUGGGCUGAUAAUGAAGGGAUUGUCAAUUUUUCAAUACAAUAACUUGAUUUUAUUUAUACUUUCAUUUAUAAGUAAGAAAUAAUAAUCAUUAAGUUGACUAGGUCUAAUCUUUGUGGAAUUAUAUAAUUUUAAUAUCACAGAUCAUAAUGUAAUGACAACUUGUGGUAAAAGGAGAAGAAUCUUUAUUUAAUCUUUAUCACAUUUUCUGUAUAAUUUAUAAAGAAUAUCUUAGAAUCUAAGAUUUUUGUGUAUAUUUUUAAUUCUCUUUUGCUGAUUUAUGAUUUGAUAUGGUACCUCAAAUCCAGCUCCAUUUAAACAUGCUUGGUAUACAUGCACAUUUUGUUUUUCAUGAACAAUAUUUUUUAUUGACUAUAUAUCUGAAUUGGGUAUGAGGCACUGACACCUUUGUGAUACACCACUGCCCCAAUAAAUUUACAUGCGCUUUUUGCAGCUUUAGCGACCCCCACCCACCUACCAUGAUAAAGAAAGAAAUCCCUUUGUAGUAUUAGUAAUCCUCUAAUUAUAUGCUGAUAAAAAAGUGCUGCUGCUGUCGAAAGUUGGUUCUCAAAUUACAAAUAAAGCUUUUUUUUUUUUUACUAAAUGGUCUUGCUUGGGAAAUAUUAUAUAGUUAUGUGAACCAUUGGAGAUUAAUUCUAUAUUUUAUUGAUGUAAAUGUGAACUAUUUUGUAAAUAUGAACUUUUUUAUAAAUGUUGUUAAACACAUUCCAAAUAUAAUUUUAUCUCAGAGAUCAUUGCUACGAUAGGUGAGUAAUACAGUUUUUCUGAAUCGGAAGUGACGAAUGCCAAAGGAAAACACGAGUCGCCUCUCUAUAUAACUGAAUGAUGUGACGAAUGAUAACGGAUAUACGGGCGAAUGUCAUUAGAUAAGAGAACACGAGAAAAAUAGAAAUAGUCCGUACAUUCCCUUGUUUAUAUUCAUUCUAUACCUUAUAAAAACAUGGUAAUGCACGGACUUUUUCUGUUUUUCUUUCGUGUUCACUUAUCUAGUGACAGUCAAUUCUUUUUAUGAAUUGUCAGAUAUCCUCUCACAGUCUCACACAACAACUUUUGGUGUUCAAAGGAAUUAUUAGUGAGCAGAAAUUCGCCCGUAUAUCCGUUAUCAUUCGUCACAUCAGUCAGUUAUAUAGAGAGGCGACUCGUGUUUUCCUUUGGCGUUCGUCACUUCCGAUUCAGAAAAACUGUAUUACUCAGCUAUCGUAGCAAUGAUCUCUGAGAUAAAAUUAUAUUUGGAAUGUGUUUAACCAGCUCUAUCACAUAUGUGAUAAUGACUGGCACCAAUAUUGUCCUUUAACUAAUGUGAUUAUGGUGCAAUUGGUGCACAUGAAAAAUACUGUAUAAAAGCUUAAAGGGGGGUAUAAUGAGUAGCCCUUUUAAUAACUACAAAUGUUUUGACGGUAAUCAACCUACACAUAUCGCCGUUGGAGCUGAUUCACCACGAAACUCCAUUUCAUUUCUCUGUGAAAUAUUCUUACAUAAUCUUAGAGCACAAUAUGACUUCUUUAGAUUUGUCCAUCAAAAACAUCUUGAUAAUACUGACAAGUACCUGGAACAAAUAUAUGAAGAUUUUUUGAUUCUGUGAUCAUCCUACCUAAACCUGAUAACCCACAAAAACUAGAAACUGUGAGUCUAUAAACUCAGUAAUUGUGUAUCUGUACUUGGUGUUGAGAGUCCAUAUUAUGUGAACAUGAAACUAUGGACCUUAUAAUACAUAAUAUAAGGUCCAUGAUGAAACUAUGAAAAUGUAUGAAUAAUUUAUAUAUGAUAGAACAGGCUAAUGGCUGCCUCAUUGUACAAUCAACUGAGAGUUAUCAGGUUUAUUAUUUACCGAGAACAGAAUUGUAUGUUUAUAUUAUUAUUAUAUUUUAUUACACAAUGACUAUUUUUACUAUAUGUAUACUACAUGUUAUUAUAUUGAUUGGAAUAAAUAACUUAGUUCUUAA